AUGAUGGAAAAUUUUCGUUGGGUGCAUGGCCCAGCCUUCUUGCAGCAAGAAGAAAACGCCUGGCCAAUAACCAUCAAACUUCCCGAACCUUCUGUCGAAGACCCAGAGGUAUCAGCCACCAACUGGAUUGGGCUCGUUUACGGCCCUGCUGAAGAAAAUAGACUCCGCUCAAUUUUGGAACGAAAUUCCAACUAUAAUUUAGUGAUGCGAGUUGUUUCUUGGAUUCUUCGUUUGAUUUCAAACUUGAAGUUGAAAUUACCGGAUCGUGACAAAUUGCGCAUUGGUGGUAAAUGCAUUCAGUGCGCUGCUGAUCAUUGCAUCAAAUCUGUGCCAUUUGAUAUAUAUUCCGAGGAAAUUGAGGCCUUAAAGGAUAAAAAGCCAUUAAAAUUGAGUUCGACGCUGUUAACUUUAUCACCAUUUUGGGAUCAGGAAGGAAUACUGCGAGUAGGAGGUUGCUUGAAUUACGCCCCCCUUUCGUUCGAUGUCAAACACCCAAAAAUCCUUCCUCAUGAUCAUCCAAUCACGCGCUUAAUCGUCAUGAGAGAGCAUGACCUACUAUUUCAUCAAUCUCGUGAAAGUCUACUCAUCUCAAUAAGGUCUCAAUAUUGGAUCAUUAAAGGACGAGUGGAUAUUAAAAAGUAUCUGCAAAAGUGCUUCACUUGUAAACGUCAUACAGCUACUCCCUGUAUUCCUUUAAUGGAACCACUUCCGUGUCAUCGUUUUGUUCCGUUCCAACGUCCUUGUACUCAUGUGGGAUUGGAUUAUUUCGGCCCGUGCAACAUCACCAUUUAUCGUCGCAAAGUAAAACGAUAUGUUUUGCUGAUAACCUGUCUCAAUACUAAACUGGUGCACUUGGAAGUUGCAGCCUCACUUGACUUAUCGUCUUUUUUGAUCGCCGUUGCUUCGUUCACCGCCCGAAGAGGUCGUCCGUCAGUCUUGUAUUGCGGCAUUGGAACUCAAAUUGUUUCUGGGGACAAGGCAAUCCAACAAGGCAUCGAGCGUCUCAAGGAGCAGAAUAUCGUUGGUCAAAUGGUGAAACAAGAAAUCGAAUGGCAUUUUUCACUACCAUUAGCGCCGCAUUUCUUUUGA